AUGCCAAGGCCUUCUAAUAACUAUCGAAGAAAUCGUAAUCACCCCAUUGCCAAGGCGGAAGGGUAUGCAGAGGCUUCUUAUCGAUUCCCACCAAAGGCUUCUACUAUUCCGCCACCUCCUCCUGAAUGGAUCUUCACCAAUGAAGUCAGGAAAUCCGCAAUGGAUGAUUCAGCUGUGAUUUGGUCUUUAAGGGAGUACAUCAAAUAA